UUGUUGAAGUAGAGCCGGUGGAAAAAGGGCAUAAUUGGAAUUGGAAAGAUAACUGGAUGAAUUGCACUCUGAACUUUCACAAAGUGUAAUUGAAAACAAAGACCACCACCCAGCCACAAAAAACCGAUUGCAAACCGAUUUGGACUUAGUCACAACUUUAAGUUCCUAUUGAACUAGAUGUGAAUUAUCAGGUAAUUUCUAUACAAGUUCUACCCAUAUAAUUUCCUCAUUUUCUGGAUGUGACAAGACUUAAAGCUCUAUAAAUAUCCAGUGAUUCUGCAGUAAGGACUAAAGGUGCUGGCUGGCUGAGAAAACAGAUCAAUCUGCAUCAGCUUGCAAAUUUGCAUCUUCUCAUCAUCUGCACCAUGAAGUUGUUGGCUGUGUUCCUCCUGGUUUUCUCUGUGGUCAUUCAGCACAUUUUGGCUCAAUCCAGACAUCCAUCACCUGUCCAUCUGGCUGGAUGCCGAUCAACAAUCGCUGCUUUCUCUAUGUUCCCAAUGACAUGACUUGGGCGAAUGCAGAGAAAAACUGUCUGUCCAUGGGGGCAAACCUUGCAUCAGUUCACAACAGGGACGAGUACCGUUGGGUUCAGAAUCUGAUAGCUGCAGCAGGAUACGGGUCCAAAGUAGCAUGGAUUGGAGGCACUGAUGGACAGCAGGAGAGCACUUGGUUUUGGAGCGAUGGAAGCCGUAUGAUCUACACAAACUGGUGUCCAGGGCAGCCUGAUAAUGGAUUAGGCAGCCAGCAGCACUGCCUACAGAUGAACUUCACAGACAAAAAGUGCUGGGAUGACUGCUGGUGUCAUUACCCUCGAUCUUCUGUCUGCGCCAAGAAGGUCUGAAAAAAAGGUUCCCAAAGAGGCCUGAUGUGUAAAAUAGAACCAGUGGAGGAUGAAUGCUAGGAGUUUCUGUUUACCUGUCAUUUUGCACCUUCAUAAAAAAACCAAAAGAUAUUUCUGCAUUUUUUCUUCAUAUAAUUUAUGUCUUUAAUGCAACCUAAGGAAUGAAGUGACAAGCAAACAGCAGCUGGAUUGUCUCUCUUUAACAAUAUCAGACUGAAUGAGUUAUAAGAAAAGAUCAUCUAAGCGAAACUUUCUUCUGUUCUUUGGCUUAACAAAAAUAAAUCUUUGAGGAAUCUAAACAAGA